CUUUCCCGUCCUUUCCCUUUCUCCUUUCCUUUCGUUUUUCCCUGAUCGCCGAACUCGGUUGCCCACAAGCCUUUGCGCUCGCCUGCGGAAGCUCACGUGCUGUUUGCUUUCGCCCUGCCAGCUGCGCGGCUGAGGAAGAGGAGCAGCGGGGUCGCGGGCGGGAGCUCGACCAGGGAGCUUGCAGCCAUGACUAUCCUGUUCGCAGUUGUAGCCAGAGGGUCCACAAUCCUGGCUAAACAUGCUUGGUGUGGAGGGAACUUCCUGGAGGUUACGGAGCAGAUCCUGGCCAAGAUACCAUCUGAGAACAACAAGCUCACCUACUCGCAUGGAAAUUAUUUGUUCCACUACAUCUGCCAGGACCGGAUUAUAUACCUCUGCAUCACAGAUGAUGACUUCGAACGUUCCAGAGCCUUCACGUUCCUGAAUGAAAUUAAGAAAAGGUUUCAAACCACAUACGGUUCUCGUGCGCAGACAGCGCUGCCAUAUGCCAUGAACAGCGAGUUUUCCAGCGUCCUAGCUGCACAGCUGAAACACCACUCAGAAAACAAGGGUCCCGACCAGGUGGCAGAGACACAGGCUCAAGUGGAUGAGCUCAAAGGGAUCAUGGUCCGCAAUAUAGAUCUGGUGGCCCAAAGAGGAGAAAAACUGGAGUUGCUGAUAGAUAAAACUGAAAAUCUUGUGGAUUCGUCUGUGACCUUCAAAACAACCAGCAGGAACCUGGCUAGAGCAAUGUGCAUGAAGAACCUCAAGCUCACCAUCAUAAUUGCCAUAGUAUCAAUUGUCAUAAUUUACAUCAUUGUGUCAGCUGCCUGCGGGGGGCUUUCGUGGCCAACUUGUGUACAGAAGUAGCGGUCAGAACACGCAGCCAUAAAAGAGCACACAUGCAGAGGAAUGAUCCUCGUUGAACAAACUCGGACCUCCUUGCUCUUCAUGCUCCAGGACACUUGAGUCUCUUUGCCUUAUCACCCCGGAAGGGCCUGGGUGGGACCCCAGGCCUCAGCCUCUAAGCAGCAAGCAUCAUUUUUUGUACAUCGACUCGAUGCAAAUUUUGUUCUGUCUUUAACUUGUAGCGCUUCCCCAGGGGAAAGGAAGGCACUGACAGUGGGAGGCUCCAAAACAUAGUUCUGUAUUAUCAUGCUUUGCACUUUACUGUCUCUGUGGUGGGGAGGGGGGCAGGGAAGAGCUGGUGGUCCCUCACCCCGUUGUUCAGCCCUUGAGGGGAUGAUGUCGGUGAGGACUACUGAAGCCGGUGGGUUCACGUACCCUCGCUCAGAUGCAUGUGCUCAGCUCCUCCCAAAAUUGCUUUCCUAGCAGUGCCUUUCCUCAAAUCAUGUCCAGCUGACUGUCCUUGGAGGCUCCCCUGCAGCCCCCUUUGGGGAAUAUCGGUAGGCUCUGCUUUGUGACAUGGAUGAGUGGUAAGUCUGAUGUGUUAAUGUUGCUGUACUGUUGCUGCUCUUUGUAGUUCAUGUGUUUGGGGGGUCCCAUUCCCCUGCCUGCUUUGGAAUAUUCCAGUCAGCGUGUAAGAAGGGCUGAGCUUUGACUUUCCCUACAGAGGGAGUGAGGGGGCCUAAAAAGCUGCUCCAGUUGCCAGCUGGAGAACACAAGAUAGGGGAUUGUCCACCUGAUUCUGAAGAUUGGUAUGGUUUAUGGUGCCCAGCUUUCAAGGAAAGGUCAGGUGCCAGGCAGAUAAGCCACUGGGAAAUCCUAAGCUGCGGAUUUGUGAGGGAAAAGAGGCUGGCUGAAGAAGAAUAAAGCCUGGCUUAAACCGUAACAGCCAAAUGAGAACUACAUAUCAAUUAUCUAAAUAACCUCUAGCUUUUACUUAAUUGGAUUUGUAUUUCUGUACUAGUGUCAGCUGCGAGGUACAGAUGAAGGUGGCAAUUUCAGUAAUGCACACUGUGGACUCCGGGCACCAAGGAAGUACAGCUUCUGUUGCACUACAGGCUGACAGGGCUGCUGCUGGAAGUGGCGGUAGCCAUCAAAAGGUGAAAACCAUUUUCCAGGGCAGUUUGCAGUUGAGCUCCUGCCGGAUUGCAAACUAUUGUGUUUUCUUUUUACAUGCUUGAUACUUUUAUUGUGGGAGAACUUGGAGCUUUCUUAACAGUACAAAAUACUGAGCAAACAUAGGAAAAGGAAGUUUUAACAACAUGCUAGUGAGAGUUCAGGUGCCGAGUCACAAUGUGCCCAUCUCCCAGUCUUAUGUGAAGUGCUACUGACAUACUGUGACAAGCCAUCAAGGUAGGAAGAUCCUUAGGUUCCCCAUGCUGCUUUUUUACUGUUUUAAGUCUUCUGUAGCCAGGUUCCCGACAUCUAGACAGAGGUAAGCACUGCUACACAGGCAUAAUUUUCUUCCUUCUCUGGGCUGAAGAGGCUGAGGCCUCCAGGGGUUCUCCUUGUUUGUCCUGGUUUGACACAGGCCCUGUCUGAGAAGGGCUCUUGUCCCUCUCCCCUGCCGAGUAUCUUUCCAGGCACAAAUAAAUGUUCAGUUCAUUGUGCAUGUCCUAGCAACUGUUAGUAGUUGUCAUUGUUAACUUUCAGAUUCUGAUUGCUAUGUAAACUUGAGAAAUUGCGUCCUCUUUUAAAAAAUGCACUGAUGCAUUUAUUGUAAAAUAAAGUUAAUCUGUUUGAAUAAACUUAUUGUACUGAAAGUA